GAUUUAUUUGAAGAUGAUACGGAUUUCUUAAAUGAUUUAGAACCACAAGCUCAACCACAAUCUCAAUCUCAAUCUCAAUCUCAAUCAGUUGAUGAUUUACAGAGUAAAUUGGCUCAACUUGAAUUGGAUGAUGAAUUACUUGAUGACACUGCUAUUCAUCAACCAGUUCAAGUUGUUCAACCAGUUCAAACUGUUCAUCAUUCAUCGUAUGUUCCUCAACCUCAUCAUAAUGUAUAUAAACCAUCAGUUCAAACUACUGAUAAAUCUCAUUACUUACAAGAAUUAGAAAGUAAUAAGAAAAAGCAUGAUGCCUAUGAUUUUCCUGGAAAUAUGAUACCAAAAUCUAUUAAACCUGCUCCAAGACAUUUUACUAAUAAGUAUACUGCCACAUCUCAAGUUCAAUCUCCUCCUUUGGUUCAUAGUCCAUUAACUCAACCUCCAAUAACUCAAAAUUCAUUACCUCAAUCACAAACUCAAUCUAAAAUUCCAAUUCCUCCACCAGCAAUUGCCGUAACUGAACAUUCUGAAACUAUUCCUAAUAGUUAUAAACCACCAAUAGUUGAAUCAGCUAAAACUUUAGCUCCUAAAAAGUCAUUUUUUGAAGAAUUACCCAUUGAUUUACCUAAACCAGCUGCUAGAGCCGCUCCGGUAAAGGCCAUUAAUGUUCCUCAUAUUCAAAAAUCUCCAACAGUUCUUCAACAACAACCUACUAAACCUCCACCAGUUAAUCCUUAUAAACCUAAUCCAACGGUUGUUAGUAAUACUUCAACUCCUAAUACUCCAUUUAGAAAUCCUCCUUCAGCACAAUAUGCUCCACCUGCACCAGCUUCUGGAUUAGUUCCACCACCAAUUUCUCAUACUCAUCUUAAACCCACCCAGACAUUUCCUUCUAUUCAACCUCAACCUCCAACUCAAGUACAAUCUCAAGUACAACCUCAAGGACAACCACAUACUCCAGUUCAAGCCCAUGUUCAAGGACAUACUGGACAAGUUGGUCAAGGACAAGUUCCUAAUAUUAAUACUAAUAUAUCUAGAACUUCUGCUGGUACAGCCACAAGUCCUUAUGUUCCUAAUGCUGGUCCAUAUGGUCCAAGUAAUCAUAAGACUCAUUCACGUGCUAGUUCUAUUGUGGGAGCUAAAGGUAAAGAGUAUAAUCCAUAUGCGCCACAUUCAGUUCAAAAUACACUUCCACCGGCUGCAGCUCGAGCUCGAGGAGGUUCAAAUCCUCGUGGAAGUAUCUAUUCUAAACCUCAACAACCGGCAUCUAAAAUUACUAAUCCUGAAUUAUUAAAUCAUCGACAAUUCCCCGUAUUUAAUUGGAGUAAUUCUCUUAAUUCAGUAACUUUAAUUCCCAAUAUAUCUACUUCAGCUUAUGAACAUCAUUUAGGUGAUAGUAUUAAAGUGAUUAGAACUUGUGAAUUAUUAAAAUAUAAUACAAUGUAUGAAACCUUUCCUGGACCAUUAGUUAAGGGGAAAACUAAAAAGAAAGAUAUUGAAAAAUGGUUAGAAAAGAAUAUUGAACGAUUAAUUAAUGAUUCAUUAUCAUCGGAAUUACUUUUAAAUCAAAUUCUUUUACAAUUAGUUCGAGCUGAUGGAGAUUAUAAUUCGAUUGAAUUGAAAAAAGGGUUAAGUAGUGUAUUAAAUCCCAGUGUAAAUUAUAGUGCUACGCCUGAUAUUCAACCUAGUAUGAAGAUUGCGGCCAAUGCAUUUAAACUUGAUACUUCGGGAGUUAAUACGGCCUUUAGUUUAAUUCAAUCGGGUAAUAUUGAAAGAGCCAUUGAAUACUGUGUAUCACGAGGUGAUUGGUCACUUGCGUUAGUGCUUGCCAAUUUUAGUGGACCAGAGAAGUAUGCUAAAGUGGCAGGAGAUUUUGCUAGAAAUACAUUCCCAUUUCAAAAGGCUAAUAAUAAAGUAUUACAUUUAAUGCCAUUACUUUUAAAAGUAGGAGCCGGAAAUAUUAAAGGAGCCAUUGAAGAUUUAUCAGUAGUACCAACUGAAGGAGAAUAUGCUAAUUUACAUUGGCGAGAAUUUGUUGCUUGUGUAUUGAUUAGUGGAACUGCCAAGACGCAAGAAUUUUUAAUUGAAUUUGGUAAAUUUAUUGGUCAAACGGGGAAUAAUUGGGCUAAUGAGAUUUGUUUUGCAUUAGCAGGAGUUCCAUUAUCGCCCGUAAUGUUUGCCUAUUUAGGAUCGGAAUCCACCACUUCGAUGUAUUGUGAAGUUUAUGAAUAUAUCUUAAGUAUUAGUCCUAAUACUAGUAAUGUUUCAACUAUAGGAUUCCCACAUUUAUUACCUAAUAAACUUAGACAUGCCAGUAUAUUGGCCGAUUAUGGAUAUUAUGGACAAUCUCAACGAUACAUUGAUACCAUUAAUAAUAUUAUUAAAUCUUUAGGAACAAGAUCUUCGAUACUUAAUGAAGAUUUACUUCAUGAAUUCCAAAAUUUGAUUUAUCGACUUUCCAAUACAAAUUCGGAAGAUCAGAGUUGGUUUGGUAAUAGAAUUAGUAAAGUUAAUCUUGAUAAAUUAUGGGGACAAAUUGAUAAAUUCAUUGGAGGUGAAGAUGCUAAAUCAAAAUCGGCUGGUGAUGGAGUAUUUAGUAAAUUUAGUCCUUCUGUUUCUAGAACCGCCUCCACGGUUGAUAUUACUACUUUAAAUGGUAAUGGUAAUGGUAAUGGCAAAUUCCAGCUGCCUCAAUUUAAUAGUUCGGCAUCUUUUGCUACUGAUUAUCCUUCGACUUUGGCUCAAAGAGGAUCAUUAUCUCAUCCGAUUCUUCCUUCAUUGGUUCCUUCAUCUUCAACUACAAGUGUAGCUAAAUAUGCUCCAGCCAAGGUUCAAUUAGGUAGUCCUAAAUCACAUCAUAUUUCAGGAUUUACUCCUGCUUAUGGUGGAGAUGGAGGUGAUUUAUCUUCUAUUAAGAAAGGUUCCGGAAGGUAUACUCCGGGAAUUUCAGGUAGUUCAGUUAGUGCUCGUGCCACAGUACCAUUUUCGGCCAGCUCUAAUUAUCCUUAUUUAAAUAAUACGGGUCAUAUAUCCACUUCAUCAAUUGGAUCUCAAUCGGUAAAUCCUUCCGUCAGCCAAACUCCAACCAAUUAUGCUAAAAGACCUUCAGUCACAAGUGUAUUAUCAGUUGAAAGUUUUGCUCAUCAACAACAUACUCGAUCUCCAUCAAUUCAGAGUGAUGUUAGUAUGGAUUAUCCUCAAGAAUUUAAGUCUACUCCAAAGAGAAGUUAUGAUGAACCAUCGAGUUUGAGUCCGGAGAAGAAAGAAGUUCCUGAGACCAUUAAUGAGUCACCUGAGCUUAAAACCAGUGAUAGUUUAACACUUAAUCAGCAGGAUGGUCCCUCGGUGGAAGAGAAUGAAGAGAAACAUCAACAUCAACAUCAACAGGAACAGGAACAGGAACAGGAACCUGUAGCUCCACCACCUAAGGUUAAGAAACAGAUUACUAAAGCCAAUCCUUAUGCACCUCCAGGAGCCAGAGAUGUUAAACCAGUUGGUAGAAAGAGUAAAUAUGGACCUUCUACUAGUUCUGUUUCUACUUCUAAGUAUUCAGUACCUGCUGCUUCAUCAUCAAAUCCAUACAGUUCUGGAGGUUAUAAAGCUCCUGGUACUGUACCUGAAUCAGAAUCUGAACCAGAACCACAACCACAACCAGUGGAAAAGGUUGCUAAAGGUGAAGAUAUUCCUGUUAAAUCAGUAAAUCACCAUCAUGAACAUCAUGGAAACUUUGGACCUUAUCAACCUCAACCUCCCUAUAGGCCGACCAAGAAUAUUCCUAAUAUUGAUGAUAGUUUUGAUGAGAUUGCUGAUGAAUCUCAUGAUAGUGGAGUUUUAAGAACUCCUGGUAUAAAGAAAUCAGUAUUAAUGGAUAAUAUUAAUAGUGGGAAUGGUAAAGAAUCAUUAUUUAAUAAUUAUCAUCAUGAAGAAAGUAAUACUCCUAAAUUCGGGUUAGAUUUCCCGAUUCCUGGAUCACCUGAAUUCACUUCUCGAGCUAAUUCAGUGGUGGGACAACCAGGAUUAUUUUCAUCACGAUUAUCGCAAUCUCAUCAAUCUGUAUUAUAUCAACAAUAUGAAGUUGAAGAUGAUACAGUAAGAGAUUAUGUUCCAAUGAUUGAAGAGGAUGAAGAGGAUGAAGAAGAUGGAGAUGUUGAAGUGGCUAAACAACGGAAACUUGAACAAGAAGCUAAAGCCAAAGCCGAAGCCGAAGCCGAAGCUGCUAAGAAGGCUAAAUUAGCAUCAGAAGAAGCUCAAAGAAAAGCUGAAGAAGCGGCAUCUAAACGUAAACCAACUGCUACAGAAGGUGGAGAAAAUAGUAAUGGAUGGUUUAGUGGUUGGUUAGGUAAAGAUGAUGGUAAACCUAAAGCUAUUCGAGCCAAAUUAGGUAAGACUCAGAAUCCAUUUUAUUAUGAUGAAAAGCUUAAGAGAUGGAUUGAUAAAUCAAGACCUAUUGAAGAACAACAGGCUCCGACUGGUCCUCCACCUCCUCCGGCAUCGAAGAAGCCAAGAAUUACUACAAGUUCUACAACUGGAGCUUCUGCACCACCUCCGGGAUCUGGAGCUCCUCCACCUCCUGGUGGAGUACCAUCAUCUUCAGUACCACCAUCUGGAGCUCUUGGAACCACACCUGGAGCACCUCCAACUUCAGGACCACCACCUAGUUCUAAUAGUAGUACGCGUAGUUUAGCUAAUGCCGGAUUAGAUGAUUUACUAUCACUUGGAGGUACUUCAUCAGUAGGAGGUGGUAGAAAGCCUAAACGAGGAGGACGCCGUACUUAUGUUAAUGUUAUGGAGAAGUAAAAGGAACACAAAAGGGUAAAUAGAAGUAGCCGUAAAUAAAACUAAAAUAAAACUAAAAUAUAUAAUGAAGGAUUG